AUGAAUAAUUAUACUAAAACUGUGCCCCUCAAUCACAUAGGAGAAGAUCCAAAUCUCCAAUCAUUAAUUAAUGUUCUACGAGAUAUGAUAAGAAAUCCAUGUGAACAAUUAGAAACAAGAUGUGAAGACAUGCCAUUCCAUGUCUUUCUUAUGGGGUUUGGUUUUAUAUUCGUUUUCACUUGGGCCAUGUUUGGAAACUGUAUCAACGUGCUCAUCUACAAUUCUGAUCAGAUCCGCUUUUAUUUGGCUAUUCGAAUGUUAUGUACUCGUUUACUUAUUAACAGCUUUACGAUGGUUUCGCUUCUGCCCCAGGCUUUACGGACUAUAAGCAUCUGGCAGCCAAACUCAAACUUAGAUCAUAUAUAUUGGGCGUACUAUCCAUAUCAAGCUUACUUCGUGAAUGUAUUCGGCUUCUGCUCAAUGUGGAUUACGGUUAUGAUGACGGGCGAAUGUUAUCUUCAUGUAUUUUUUCCCAGCCAUUCAAAAUCUCUUUGUACUAAACGGAAUUUGAGAAGAAGCUAUGUUUCCAUUUUCUGUGCUGCAUCUAUUCUAGCUUCCAUUUAUCCACUAAAUCGUAAAGCCUAUGUUACUGUAGAUCAAUGUGGUCGGGUUAUUGUUCAAAUUGUUGCUUCACAAGAUUCACUCAUGCAAGCAUUCGAACGUUUACAUACUAUUACUCAUUUAUUACUAGCUAGUGUAUUACCAAUGGGAUUACUCAUCUAUAUGACGUCACGUAUUGUUUGGAAGCUGUUACUUCGUAAAGCUGAAUUUCCUAACUCAACUCACUUCACAUCAGAAAAACGUUGUGUUACCCGGAUCACGUUAAUAACAACAUUCCUCCAGCUGUUGGGAGAACUACCUUCGAUUCCUGGUUUCAUAUAUGCAGCGCUGAUUGGUCCGCAUGUCGUUAAUGACAAAGGUAUCUGCAUAGGAAACACCAUCGGAGUGUUUCUUGGCUUAUGUAAUAUGAGCUUGAGCUUCUUCGUCUACGCUAUAUUCUCACAUAAAUUCCGUCAGAUUCUUUGUAGACGUUAUCGACAAACGUUCGGAUGCCUUCUAAUUGGUACAGCUCCAAACAACGUCAGCAAGUCAAUGGAUUAUAGGCUACAAACAGGACAGUUAACAUCGCGAGAACUGCUAGCUAAAUCCCCUUGUGUAACCGAUAGUUUUCUUUUGACAGAAAAAUCAACCUUCUCAACAAUCGACGUCGAUGACACCCAUCUCUGA